CCCCGGACGCGGUCCCCGGGCUACGGUUAGGGAAGUGGGCGUGGAGGAGAGAUGGGCGGUGAAGAGGGCCGGCCCUGCAGGGGAGGCGGGCGGAUCCGUGGCGAUGACCAGAAGGGUCAUCGGAAGGGGGUGGCCGUCGGCCGGGCCCCGCCCUGGGGCCGCCUCCCCGCGGGUUCCGUUGGCUGUGGCGGCAGCUGACGCUUGUGGCUGCGCUGGCGGCAGUGGCUUCGGGGUGGGCGUAAGAUGGCGACAGCAGCGGCGGGAGCCCUAAGCUUGCUGUGGGGCUGGCUGUGGAGCGAGCGCUUCUGGCUACCCCAGAACGUGAGCUGGGCUGACUUGGAGGGGCCGGCGGACGGCUACGGGUACCCACGCGGCCAGCAUGUCCUCUCAGUGUUCCCGCUGGCGGCGGGCAUCUUCUUCGUGAGGCUGCUCUUCGAGAGGUUUAUUGCCAAACCCUGUGCACUCCAUAUUGGCAUUGAGGACAGUGGUCCUUACCAGGCCCAACCCAAUGCCAUCCUUGAAAAGGUGUUCAUAUCUAUUACUAAGUAUCCUGACAAGAAAAGGCUGGAGGGCCUGUCAAAGCAGCUGGAUUGGAAUGUCCGAAAAAUCCAAUGCUGGUUUCGCCAUCGGAGGAAUCAGGACAAGCCCCCAACGCUCACUAAAUUCUGUGAAAGCAUGUGGAGAUUCACUUUUUAUUUAUUCAUAUUCUGCUAUGGAAUUAGAUUUCUCUGGUCGUCACCUUGGUUCUGGGACAUCGGACAGUGCUGGUAUAACUAUCCAUUUCAGCCUCUGUCAAGUGGACUUUAUUACUAUUAUAUCAUGGAAUUGGCUUUCUAUUGGUCCCUUAUGUUUUCUCAGUUUACAGACAUUAAAAGAAAGGACUUCCUGAUCAUGUUUGUACAUCACUUGGUCACCAUUGGGCUUAUCUCCUUCUCCUACAUCAACAACAUGGUUCGAGUGGGAAGUCUGGUCAUGUGUCUACAUGAUGUCUCAGACUUCUUGCUGGAGGCAGCCAAGCUGGCCAAUUACGCCAAGUAUCAGCGGCUCUGUGACACCCUUUUUGUAAUCUUCAGUGCUGUUUUUAUGGUUACACGUCUAGGAAUCUAUCCAUUCUGGAUUCUGAACACAACCCUCUUUGAGAGUUGGGAGAUAAUUGGGCCUUACACUUGCUGGUGGCUCCUCAAUGGCCUUCUGGUGAUCCUACAGGUUCUGCAUGUCAUCUGGUCCUACCUGAUUGCACGGAUUGCUUUGAAAGCCUUGAUCAGGGGAAAGGUAUCUAAGGAUGAUCGCAGUGAUGUGGAGAGCAGCUCAGAGGAAGACGAUGUGACCACCGGCACAAAAAGUCCCUGUGACAGUAGCUCCAGCAAUGGUGCCAAUCGGGUGAAUGGUCACAUGGGAAACAGCUACUGGGCUGAAGAGUAAGGUGGUUGCUGUGGGAAUUUAAGCACAUAUGGACUUGUAGGGCCACUGGCAACAUACUCCUUUUGGCCCUUCCUGUAUCUACUCUUCUGUGACUGGGGGACUGCAAGGCACUGAGGAGUACCAAAGAAGCAAAUAUUUUCACUUUAAAAGAAAACUCUGCCAUUUUGUAUUUAAUAGCCUCCAGGUUCUUUCAGUAAUGUUAUUUGCUCUGUGUGUUGGUGUGUGUGUUUGUUCAUGUGCAUUUGUACAUAUGCGUGAGUUUCAUUGCCAGGGUUGGGGCACAAUUCUGGACUGGGACCAUGAGGCCUUCCCUGGUCCCCUUUAGACCCACUUCAGUUCCACAUUUGGUUGCAUCUUGAAUUAUGCUGACUCCAGAUUAUCCCCUCC